AAUACAUGUAUCUCGGCUACUAUAUAGACGGUAAUUACGCGGUUUGAGACGCAGCCCACGGCUUCAAGCAGUUGUCUAUUUACACGUACAGCAGGACAAAUAAUUAACUGCACUUAAAGCAUUCGUAAAAAAAAAUAAAUAAAAACACCCAAAACUAUAUACGGUACCAUAACGAAGACGAACUGUAUGUUGAUGUGUGAAAUUCUGGAGGGACAUUAGACGGCGUGGCGUGUUGACGUAAUGACGUGUGCCGUUAACCUAAUUAUGUUCUAGAACAUGUCAAACCGGUACAUGAAAGGAGUAUUCUAAAAGCGACUCAUGUAAACACCUUAAUCACAUUAUUAUCUUACUCAGAGUAAGGUCAAUAAUUAGAUUACUGCUGUCCAUGUAAACGUAAGUGACUCCCUUCCAUACAGACAGCAAUACACAAUGACUUCAUAAAAUUCUAAUUCUAAAUUCUUGAUGAUUCCUACCAGUCAGUGGUACUAGUCCUGCUACAAAGGACCUAAUCGAAAGCAGCAGUUUCAACAACAGCAGUUCUGACAACAUGGAUGACACUCUGACCAGUCUGCAGUGGUUGCAAGAGUUCUCUAUCCUUAGUGACAGUGGAAGGCAACAAGUGAAUUCUAUUAGCCAACAUCAGAGCAAACUCUUUGAGCAGCAGCUGGGUGGAGAAGCUCCUGCAUCUCCUCUAGCAGGCGACCUUGCCACUCUAGGUAUGCCACUGACCCCUGGCAAGCCCAGAGCAACAGCAGUUCCUGCCCUGUGCACUCUGCCCAGCUUGGUUGCACAUGGACACUGCCCAGAUGAGGUUGACUACAAGACAAACCCUCACAUCAAGCCACUACACUCAUAUGCCACCCUAAUUUGCAUGGCUAUACAGGCAAACAAGAAAAGCAAAGUCACACUCUCCUGUAUCUAUAAAUGGAUCACUGACAACUUCUGCUACUUCCGCCAUGCUGACCCCAACUGGCAGAACUCCAUCCGUCACAAUCUCUCUCUGAAUAAAUGCUUCAUAAAAGUUCCAAGGCAGAAGGAUGAGCCUGGAAAGGGUGGCUUCUGGAAGAUUGAUCCGGAAUAUGCUGAACGUCUCCUGACUGGGGCUUAUAAGAAGCAAAGGAUGCCUCCAGUACAGAUUAACCCAGCUCUUAAAAAUCAACUUGGAACGAUCUCACAGCCAGUUAUGCCUGCGCCAACAGAUGUCAUGGGUUUUCGCCAUGUUGAUCCUGAGUCACAGCAGCUCUUAGAAGAAUUUGAGGAAGUCACUAGACUUGACCAGAACUGGGACCCUCACCUAGCAGAAACCACUUUAUCUGAUAGCUGGAGCACAGUAAAAGGCCCCAAAAGAAAACAGCCAUAUGGCCACUGGGCUGGAAGUGCCCAAGCUCUGUGUCGCUCAAGCUCCCCACUGCUGGCCAUGGAGGAACCAAAGGUUCUGGGAUCUCUUAUGGGUAAUUUUGACUGGGAUGCUCUGCUAAAUUCAGCCCUAAAUGAGGAUUUGAGCCUGAAUGAGUGUGGUCCUCUGAGCCCAAUACCACAAGAUCAGAACCUCAUGGUACCUGGCAUUCAUGUUAAUUCCCUGGGGGCCUCUGUCAAUACUACAGAAAGUAACAUGCUAAUAGAAACACAAAAGGACCGUGAUGUAGACCUUGACAAAGAGACAUUCUUAGCCACAGAAUUUUUACAGAGUCCUUGGAUAGAAGAAGAAGCGGGGAACCAUCCUGAUUUUCUUUCAAUGUCUACUGUUAACAUCAAUCAACUCUUUGAUCUGGGAGGCUCACUCAGUGAUGAUCUUGACAGUAAAAUUGAAUCUCUUCUCUGAAUAGUCAUCAGUAUCUUUUGAGACAGAUAAUAUCUAACCAAUACCAUUGAAAUAUUAUGAGUGGAGAGAGCUGUUUUAUACCAAAGAGUAAAAAAUUUUGGUCCAUUGCAUUUCCAUUUUAUAUAUUUUUUUCAUAUUUUUCAUAUUUUUUUCAUAUUAUAUUUGCAUUUUUUUGUUUGUUUGUUUGUUUGUUUAUUGGCAAGUGAUUUAUCAAAAAGCCACUGAUCAAAAACUGCCACAACAGUGGGUUCUUCUAAAAGAACUAAAAUCUAAUUCUUCAUGACUGGACUGUGAAACCAGAAUUGGACAACAAUGAAAUUGCAGACAGAAACAGUGCAUAAAUGAAUGGCAAAAAUGUAAUCUUAACAGUGUAGUUGUUCAUUUUAACUAACUGCAGUUACAAUUAAGCAAUAAAUAAUUUCUAGCAUCUACAAAUAAAAAGAAGUUAUAAAGGUAAUCAUGUAUUGCAAUUGAGGUACCUGCUUGGAAGGAAUAAAAUAAAAUAUGCAAAUAAACAUAUAUCACAAUGAUAAUACUGGACUCCUAGCUAUGCCUAGCUAUGAGGUUGCAUAUACUGAAACUGUUUUCAUUCACAUUACAACAGAAAAGGUGGAUGCAGUCUUUUCAUGUCAAAUACUAACAAUAAAAUUGUACAUUAACAAUAGUAUGUAUUAGAAUGGUGAUUUUGGCUGCUUUUUACUUUAUAUAUGCUACCUCUAGGUCAAAUUAUUCGUAAACAUGGAAUUAGCUUCCACGGUUAUGCUGAUGAUACACAGUUGUAUGUUUCAGGGAAGCCAGAGGACAGACAGCAGCUUAAUAAAUUUGAGGAAUGUGUAAAGGACAUUAGACGUUGGAUGCUAACUAACUUCCUUUUACUUAAUUCUGAUAAGACAGAAGUACUUGUAUUAGGACCACGUGUAGCUAGAAGUAAGCUUUCUGAUCACAUAGUAAAUCUGGAUGGACUUUCUGUUUCAUCAUGUACAGCAGUAAAAGACCUUGGUGUGAUUAUAGACUCCAGCCUAUCAUUUGAUGCUCAUGUAGAUAAUAUUACUAGGAUAGGUUACUAGGAUAGAUAAUAUUACUAGGAUCUAAGAUAAGAAAUAUAAUGUCACUACAUGAUGCAGAAAUAUUAGUUCAUGCUUUCCUCACCUCUAGACUAGAUUACUGAAAUGCCUUACUGUCUGGAUGUUCCAUUAGGAGCAUAAACAAACUCCAGUUAGUCCAGAAUGCAGCUGCUAGAGUCCUAACUAGAACCAGAAGAUACGACCACAUCACUCCGAUCUUAUCAACACUGCAUUGGCUCCCAGUGAAAUCUUGCAUUGAUUAUAAAAUACUAUUAUUAACCUAUAAAGCACUAAAUGGCCUCGCGCCACAGUAUCUAGGUGACCUUUUGGUUUUCUAUGAUCCGCCACGCCUACUUAGAUCAAAAGAUGCACGCUAUUCGACGGUACCUCGAAUAGCGAAGGCUACAGCAGGGGGAAGAGCUUUCUAUUAUAGAGCCCCACAUUUAUGGAACAGCCUUCCAAUUAGUGUUUGGGACUCAGAGACAAUCUCAGUGUUUACAUCUAGGCUUAAAACAUAUUUGUUUACUCAAGCCUACCCUGACUAGACUUUCUGUUACGCUAAGCACAGUCCUAAUAAUCUUUUCUCUCCCUCUCUUCUUCUGUCGAGGCACACACGAUUUUAUGGAGAUACUAGAGAUCCUGAUCCUUUCUGCUCUCCGGACCUGCCUGAUCCAUUUCAGAUGUCCUACCUCUGGAUGGAGCUCUCAUCUACUCCAAUUCCAGAUUGCUGGGACUACGGCUGCUUCUAAGGACAAAUAGACUUCAUAUAAAUUCAUAAUUAACUUUUACACACUAUCUGUUGUUACCCAGAUGAGGAUGGGUUCCAUUCUGAAUCUGGUUCCUCUCAAGGUUUCUUCCUCUUUACAUCUUAGGGAGUUUUUCCUUGCCACCGUCGCCUCCGGCUUGCUCAAAUUCUUGGGAUAAAUUCGCACUUUUAAUAUCUGUAUACCGUGUUUAUAUGUUUCUGUAAAGCUGCUUUGAGACAAGGUCUAUUGUAAAAUGUGCUAUACAAAUAAAAUUGAAUUGAAAAAAAAU